AUGAAUAUAUUUAAUCAGCAUCACUUCACUCCAGAAACUCCUUAGUUAUUACAAAAUUUAAAUUUAAGAGAUGGCUAAGCUGCAAAGAAACUAAUAUAAUUAUUAUGUCAUAGCAGUGAGAUCUAAUUUCCUCCAAUUUAAAAUACAAAAAUCAAAUUAAGUGAGUAUAUGGAAAGUCUAACACAAAAACCUAAGAACUUAUUUUAACAAUGUUCUGAAAAAAUUUAUGACAUAUUUGGAUAAAUGGAUAAUAGAACAAUUAUUAAUUCGAUUUUGGAUCAUUUAGAUGAACAUUCCUGUAUAAAUGUUUUAAUGUUGUUUUAUAAAUGCUUGUAGAAUUCUGGCUUAAAAUAAUAAAUCUAUGAAGAUGGGUAAUAAAUAAAAUAUCAUAUAGCUAUUUAUCUGAAAUCAUUGAAAAAUUUGAAAAUGCUCUAACAACUCCAAAUUCGAUUUAUAUGAAACUAUCCAAACUCAGUACCACAGGAGACUUUCAUAUGAAUUUAACCAAAUUUUUAUUGACGCAUUACCCAACUGUUUAUUCUAAAGAAAAUAACCUUUAACCAAGAUAAUCAAUUUAAGAAAAUUCUUUUUAAGUAGAGCCUUCCAGACAAUAAAACAAAAAUUUCAAAAUACCUCCUUUGAAAUUACCUUAAAAUAGUUUAGAAAUAAUUGGCGUAAUGACAAGAUCAACAAGGAGGGCGGAUCCUUUUAAAUCAUAUUCUACAUGUUCAAAUAGAUUCUCGCAUUCAAUUGAUUCUGCAAUUAAAUUUACAAGUGGUUCUUAAGCAAUUCAUAUUGAGGAAGAUUAGAAUUGCAAAUUGAAUGCAAAAGAAAAGUAAUAUGUCCUAUAUUGAUAUUAGAUUAUAAAAUUUAGCAUAAUUAUUAGGGGGUUAUUGUUUGACUCAAGAUCUAUCAUGUUUGCUGUUGAAACAAAGAAGACAACAUCUAGAAUCUUUAAAAAGAUUGGGAAUCAAUACAUGGCCAAGUAUACUAAAGGAAGGUGAAGAUCCACUGGCUGAAUCUUUGGAAUAGGAAUAAAGCAAAACUCAAAAAAGUAAGAUUUGUAGACUCUGGGGAAAUAUUCUUUAUUUCCUCUUGAAAGAUAUCAAAAAAAUCUAGUAUGAAUUAUGCCCUUACUCAGCAAUUUUAAAUUAUUUAUGUUCGAGCUCUUUCUAGAAAAAUAAAAUAUCAUCAAAAUAAAUACAUUAAGAUUUUGACACUGAUAUAUACCUAAAAAGAUAACUUUGUGAUUAGAGCAAAAUCAAGUAUGAUAAUGGAUUGAUAAGUGAAUAGAAGAUAUAUUUUUUAAUUUUGGAUUUGUUCAAUUGUGAUCAAUAACAUAUUAAAUUGUAGUAAGAUUCACAAAAAGAAUAAUCAUUUGAAAAUGAUGAAUCAGAAAGAAGCAUUGAAGUAUGAUGAGUUAUUAUAUUCUAAGUCUCCUCACACAGUUGCUAACAUUCCAGAAAUGAUGAUUCCAGUGAAAAAUGAAUUAGAAAAAGUGGUUUGUAAUUAUAGACAUUCAAAUACAACUUAAUUCCCAUUUUUAAAGCACAUUUAAUACCGUUUUAAUUUUAUUCUUAGUACAAUGGAUAUGAAUCAAAAUGCCUUUUAUGAGUUGGAAUCUGAUUUACUAGCUAUCCUUGAGAAAUAUUUGAGUUACACUCACAACAGAAUUUUGUUGCCUUAAUUUUUAGACUACAUGAUCGAUAUCUUAGUUAUGAUAAAAAGAUAAAUAAUUGACAUCAUAAAUUGCCAACAAUCUUCAUCUCGAACUCCUAAUCAAUCACAAUAUAUAUCCAAAUCAGCUAAACAUUAUUCAUAAACUAUAAACAAUAUGUUUAAAUCAAAUAUGUUUGAAACAUCUCCGGAUUAAAAAUCAAAUUAAAACUAAACUUAGUUAUUUCCACAACAGUAACAAUUCCAACCGUCUUAGUUAAAUUUUUCAUCCUAAUAACACUAAUAAUAAUAGCAGCAGCAAUAAUAUUCCACUUUAAAAUUUAAAUCGUAGAAACCAUUUAUUCAAAAGUAUCCUCAAAUUAUCUCCACAUAUAUCAGCAUUCUUUCAAGAUUAUUUUUGAGAGCAAUCAAUGAUUCUUCCAUUAAAUUUCUAUUGAAUGUUUAUGUUAAUGAAAUCUUUUUGGAUAUGAUUAAGAAUUUUAGUAGUUAUAUAUUUUAAGAGUUAAAUUCAAAUAAGGAAGAGAAUUUUGAAAUACAUGCAAUGAGAAUAUUGUUAUUUUACGAAUCUAUCCUCUUGUUAUUUUAGAAGCAUGACAAGGAAUAUAAAUAGCAGGUGAGAUUAUUUUAAGGGUUUUUAAGCUAACUUUAAAAAGUUCUUCAAAAGUUUAUAGAACAACAUACUUAUUUAUUGUAAAAUCCAUAAGUGAUUAGGGUGUAGGUUUAUAAAAAAGCAUUUGAAGUUAUAGGGUUGUCGUUUUAAUAUCCAAAUGAAGAAUUAUCCACCUUUAUGAUCAGAUAUUGUUAUGUCAACUUCAUUAAGUUGUAUUCUUAAAGCAAUUUGAAUGACAUGAAGGAAAUAAAUUAGAAAAUCCAAGAAAUUAAUUAGAAAUAAUAACCAAGCUCAAAAUAAGAUGAAAAAUAAUCAAAAUAAUUAAGUUAGAUUUUUAUGAACCUAUAUAUUAAGUGCUUGUUUUGCAUUGCCUAAAAUAGAAGUGAAGACAUUUCAAGAAAAUUUUAUUAGUAUAGGAUAGUUGAGUUUCUAACUCAAGAGAUAGAUUUAGAGUUUGAUAUCACUUAAAAUAGAGAGUAGCCAUUAAAUAACUCGUCGUUAUUAAAAUAAGAAGUAAAUUAAUAUUGAUUUCUUUAAUUAAAUAGUAAAAUAAUUAAGUGGAUUCAUCCAGUAAUAAUGAGAGAUUGAGUUCCAAAAUCAGUGAUAGACCUAAUCUAAAGCCAAAUUAAUAAUCUGUUCAUAAAUAGCAACUCCAAGAAAUUUAGGAAGAAAAACAAAAAUAGGCUAAAAAUAAUAGUUAAAUUUUAUUAAAAAAGGUUUUAGUCCCAACUUUGGAUUUGGAAGGGAAACUGAAAUAGAUUAAUAUUUCAAGUUAAUCUUAUAGCCAUAGUCCAUAAUUUAAUACUUCAGCGAAACAAUAGUAGAACUAAACUGUAUUACAAAAAGUUUCCCCUGAUGACGGUUAAUAAAAUCAUAAAAGAGGUAAUUCAAUGCCAUUUAAAUCAGAAUUAUGCAUUCAAGCUUAAUUAUAAGAAAGUUUUAGAAGAAUGCUAUUACAAAAGCAUAUAAAUCCAAAUAGUAGCGAUAAGAAAUAACCUGUCCCUAAACUUAAUUUACCCAAUUGUUAACAUGAGAAAGAAUAAUCGCAACAACUAAAAUUAAAUUUUUAGAAUUAACCAAAAGAUGAGUUAUUCUAUUUUAGUGAAAGAAAGUUAAGAAAAAUAUAUUCUGAUGAAGAAUUACAUGCUAAUUGUUUAUCUCUAUUAAUUUGCCUAUUAAUUAAGCCGAUGAGAGGGACAUUAGACGAUUUAUAUUGUUCUUAGUAUCCGAUUAUUAAUGGAAAACCCAACAUUCUAUAUUUAUUGCAUCAUCAUCUUAAUCAUUCCUAAAAUGAAAAAGUAAUAAAAAUAGUUUUAUAAAAAAUUACAAAUAUUAAGAUUAUUAGAUUGUUAAAAUUAUUGUGUAUAUCACUGUUUGAUAUCAAAUAAUAUACAGAUUGGUAGAAGAUAGCAUCAGGAGCAUACGGAGUAAUCUAUCAAUGCAAAACCGACUUGCAAGAACCUGAAUAUGUUGCAAUAAAAUAAAUGGGACUACCCAAAAGCAUAUAUGAAGUACUAUUGCAAUUAAUUUAUUACAGAGAUGUGUUCUUCAUGGACUAUUUACAGAAAUAGCCUGUAUGGAGAAUUUUAGAUUGACACCCCAAGUUGCUACUCUCUAUGAUUAUGGUGUAACUUCGAGUGAUUAUAUAAUUGUAAUGAAGAAAUACCCAUAAUCAUUAAAAGAAUGGAGACAAUAACAGAAAGGAUCCUUUUAGGAUAAUCUUGGUGUCUAUUUGAGUUUGUACAAGGAAGUUCUAUAGGCUGUAUAAAUGUUACACAAUCAUAAUGUUACCCAUUACGAUAUAAAAGCUGAUAACAUUUUGUUGGAUGGUAUGCACGUUGUUCUGACUGAUUUCGGAGAAUCUAGUAUAUUUAUUAAUGAAGAGGAUGAAUAUUGUAUAAGAAAUAGGGGCACAGAAUAUAUUAAGUCUCCAGAAAUGCUAACAUUGACCAUGAAUUCAAAAAAAGAAUAAGAUACAUAUGAUAGAAGAAAAAAGGUAGGAACAACUAGGUCCUCUGAUGUUUGGUCUCUUGGUUGCUUGUUAUUUGAAAUAUUGACUGGAGAAUUAUUAUUUUUUAAAAAAGAAUGGGUUUAAUUUUAUCUGCAAGUCACUUAACCCACUGAAUAAUUAAUUCCUGAAGAAAAAUAAAAAGUAUUUGAAUUCUGGUAUGUUAGCUUCUUGGAAAUAAUGUUUAUAUCAUAGAUUUCUUGAAAUAUGUCCUUGUCAGAGAUUAAAAACAUAGACCAAAUAUUGAAAGCGUUUUGAAACGAUUUGAACAUGUUCAUGCGCUAUUAGUAACUAAUAAUUAAUAAAAAAUAACUCAAUAAACUCUUCUUAACACAAAAUCAUUUGAAAUAUUGCUUGAAGAUUAUCAUAAGCUGGUUUACUACAAUGAUGAAAAUGUUGAGAUUGAACCUGCUUAACCUAUUCACUUGUCUUUUUUUAAAGUUACCUAAGAAAUUUUUGUUUGUGACUAAAACUAUUUUAAACAAAAUUAAGAAAAGUACCAUAUAUAUAUAAUUUAGGUUGAUUGAAGUAGGAAUAACUAAUGUGAUUUCAGAUAAUCAAUAAUUGAAAGCUCACGAUUUACACAAAUUCCAAUAUAUUAUCUUCUCUUUAGAAAAUAUUUCAAAAUUACCAGAUUAUGUAAAGGCAGCUUAAUUAGUCCCUCACAUGCUCGAUUAUUUAAGGUAGAUUCUUCUUCACAAAGGUAAACUUCUAAUUGUUGAAAAUCACUCAUCAUAUUUGCGAUAAGCCUUGCUUUUGACUUUAUGUAAUUUUUUUAAGUUAAAUGCUUACGAAGUUCAUAACAUCUUUAAUAACUAGCUACUCUAUUUUAAUAUUUCAAAUCUACCUAUUUUAAACAAAUUAUCAAUUUAUUCAAAUCAAUUAACUCAGCAUUUAUUAACAUAUCCUCGAUUAUAAUGCAUUUGUGGAUGUGUAACAUUCAUUCUCAAACGAGAUUUCAAUGAUGAAAAAAGAAUGUAGAUCUAAUAGUGUCAUUGCCAUGGAAACAUGUUAUGUAAUGGAGGAGCAGGAAUGACUAAAGGAUGCUCACAAUAUUUGAAAUUUUUGAGAGUAAUGUAAAGUUAUAUAUUAGAAACGAUAUAAAAUAUCAUGGGAAUUAAUAAAAUGGGGAUAAAUAGAUUUUGAUUCCUUUUUGAUAGGUCCUUUUAAUAAAGGGUCAAUAAGGUAAGAAAGUAGGAUCUAAAUUUUGUUAUCCUCUAUGGGAUCCAAUCAUAACUUACUUAAUAAUUAAUCAAACAGCGAUUGGAAUGUUUAUUAAUGCUAUAAAUGUGAUAUGUGGAUGAUUGCCUAUAAUAGAUAAUCACAUGAUUUAUUAGUCAUUAUGAAUAAUUUGUAUCGAAAGAAUCAAAAUAAAUUUUUCGGUGACAAAUUAAAAUUACCAAAUUUAAAAAAUUUUAGUCUUUUAGAAUUAAGAUGAUUUACAU